AUGUUCAGGAUCUAUCUGGUGUUUAUAAUCUUCUGGAUCAGGAUUUCAAUCAACGCAACAUUACUCCUAUUCAAAAAUGCUAGUGCUUUUCAAGUGACAAGCGGUGAAAGCUACACCCCUUCUGUCAAUGCAACAUAUACCAAACCAUCAAGACCUGUGUGUUCUCACUGUGGCUACAAUGGUCAUACCAUUGAUAUGUGCUACAAAAUUCACGGGUAUCCUCCUGGUUUUAAACACAAGAAGAAUCCAACUAACAAGUCAGCUCCAGCAAAUAAUGACAAGAAUCUGAACACUGUGAAACCAGUUGUGGCUCAUUUGGCUAUCAAUGAUUCAACAAGCACUGAUGAUAACUCGGCUAUCUUGAGUACUCUCUCUAAAGAUCAGAUACAGAGUGUCAUUGCAUAUUUCAAUUCUCAGCUUCAACCGAGUCGAGCCAGCUACCCAUCUACUUCAACUGGUACUAUCACCGCAUUACCUGGUAUGGCUUUCUCCUCAUCUAUAAUUGGUUUCAUUAGAGUCUUAAGAGCCACGGGUAAUAUAUUAAACUCUUCAUCUUGGAUAGUUGAUAGUGGUGCCACACAUCAUGUCUCUCAUGAUAAAAGCAUAUUCGAGAGCUUGACUGAUUCUUUAAACAAACCAGUCACUCUACCUACAGGUCAGAACAUCAACAUCAGAGGAAUUGGUCUGAUUAGAUUGAAUGAAUAUCUUCUAUUGACCAAUGUCCUCUUCAUACCUCUGUUUAAACCUACUGAGUAUCAGUCAGAUCCUAUCAGGGGAUUGAUGAUUGGUCAGGGUGAGCAAAUAGUUAAUCUUUAUGUCAUGGAAGGAGCAGUAAACAUGGAUUCAGCAAGCAUGAUGGCAACACCUUCUGUUAAUGUCGUUAUUGAUACUUCUUUAUGGCAUAAUAGACUAGGUCAUCCGUCUGUGGAGAAGAUUGAACAGAUUACUAAUGAGUUAAAAUUCACUAAUCUGUACAAGCAGAAGGGGAUCAUUGCCUAUCAUUCAUGUCCUGAGACUCCACAACAAAACUCAGUCGUCGAGUGGAAGCACCAACACAUUCUUAAUGUGGCUAGAUCAUUAAUGUUCAAGGCUCACAUUCCUCUUCAACACUGGGGAGACUGUGUUCUAACUGCUGUUUUCCUAAUCAAUUGGCUACCUACUUCUCUCCUUAACAACAAAUCCCCGUUCCAAGUCUUCACUUCCAAGCAGCCUUCAUACAAUGAUCUGAGAGUAUUUGGCUGUCUGAACAUCAUCAUCUCUAGGAAUGUAGUCUUUCAUGAGGACAUUUUCCCUUUUCAAGAUGAUGAUGGUGUGAAGAAUGACUUCUUCUCCAUCUUAAAUCCUGCAUCAGUGGAACCUUGUGAUCAUGAUGAUAUCAGCACUGUAAAUGAGAGGGAAUCUCAAACAGUGGUUUCUGAAUCUCAUGAUAAUGUAGAUGUCAUCCAUGCAGUUGAGAGGGAAUCUCCUACAGUGGUACAUGACAUUCUUCAACAAGAUUCUACUACCGCGAAUAUUGAACCAACAGGAAACAAAAGGACAUCAAAGUCUCCAGCUUACUUGCAUGAUUACUACUGCAGCAUGACUGAGACUGAUGUACCUUAUCCUCUUGCUUCAUAUGUGUCGAUGGAGAAGUUAUCUGAAGGAUACGUAGCUUAUAUAUGUUCUAUUAGUCUUCAUCCAGAACCAACCUCUUUCACUCAAGCCAAGAAGUUUGAUGCUUGGCUACAGGGGAUGAAUGAGGAACUAAUAGCUCUAGAGAAUACACAUACAUGA